CACUCUGCAGCUCAGGAUCAAGGAGCAUGGUCACAGGAAGGUGGGGUUUCAGAAUACCCCUCAGGGACUGCCCUUCUCCCCAGAAUUCCAUCAUGAAAGCCCAUAUGCUUGUAGGUGUGCUGGUCAUGGUGGGCUUCGCAGUGGGAAAAGCUCCUGGUCCUGAAGUCCGGACCUGCCACCUCUGCCUCUUAGAAGACCCUUCUACAGGGUGCAUUUCAGGGUCAGAGAAGUGUACCAUCAGCAGCACGUCACCGUGCAUGGUGAUCACCAUCUAUUAUGAUACCAAGAUUCGUUUCUUCAUCCGAGGCUGUGGACAGUAUAAUUCCUACCGCUGCCAAGAAAAACGCAAUACCUACUUCCCGGAGUACUGGUACCAGGCCCAGUGCUGCCAGUAUGAUUACUGCAACUCCUGGUCCAGCCCCCAGCUCCACAGCUCCCCUCUUGACCCCCCUGCUGGGACCUGGGGCCUGCCCCUCUCUGAGUCCCAGAUCCAGUGGUUCUACCGGGCCCUGAACCUCUCGCUUCCCCUCCGCAGCUUCCAUGCUGGGGGGGAGCCUGAAUGCCUGGGUAACCUGGCCACCCUGCCCCUGAAUCUGAGCUUAUCCAUUGCUGACCUGCGUCACAUAUAUUUGUUUCUCAACAGUUCGGGACUUUUGGUUCUUCCCUGGACUAAGCCCUGAUGCCUGAGCCUUGUGGAUUUCACUCCAUUACAGCAUCUCUCCCCUAACACCACAGCUCCCUGUGCUGUCCUAGAACACCUACUUUCUCUGCUCUGUGAUUUCUCUGGUCUCCAUUCCCCUGUAUUUUCAGUGUCUCUGGCUUUAGUGUCAUUUUCUUCCUAGAAACUGGGAUGCUGCACCUCCUAGAAAAUAAUGAGUUCAGAGUCUGCCCAGGCUGGCCUGGGGAAGGCACAGUGGCUUCCUGGUCCCCUUCUGGUCACCAGAGUCAGCCAUGCCCCUCAUCUUCCCAGUCCUCUGCCAAUCUGGUCCCCUGCUGCCUCUGUUCAGAUCUGUUUGUAGAUCACAUUCUACGCCUACCUUGAGACCCAGACUGAACUUGCAGUAAGAAGGGUAGACUAAUGUGCACGUUUCCUUACUAGGCACUGUGGUGUCCCUGCCUCACUGUGUCUACUCCCACCUGCUUCUCUGGUCACCUUGCCCUGGUCACCUGCUUCUCUCCUCUCGUUGCAGUCCGUGGUCUCAGUCCCACUCCGCAUCACUGAGUCCUGAAACCCGCUUCCAUAGAUGCCAGGGGAGAGGAGAGGGUCCCCCCUGCUCUGCUCCACAUCUCCUGCUUGUUCUCCACAAACUCCACAAUAAAUGGACUGGGCUAA